AUGCUCAGGGUCAGGGUUGUGGAGGACUUAAAGAUUGCACCAUGCUCUGGAGCUGUGUGCCGGUCCGCCCUAGCUCCUUUUCUUCAAGUGAGGAAUCUCAUCAAUGGGGUAUUGGGUGCAGAGGAUCGCAUCAGUUGUUUGAAAAUCAUCUAUUUAGCAAAUGCCUUCCCUGCCCCUUGGAACGCAAGCCUUGCAUGUGGCUUAGCCUUUGCUGAUUUCCGUGGCUGGCUUAGUGCACGGGCCCUUGGCUUUGAGGAGCUCUGUGGCAUUGACCUGUAUGGCCCUGAUGCUUACGUGGACAGGGCCAAGUUGUCUUCUUUCGUAUCAGCUUGUAAACAUCUUCAUCGAGCUGGGGUUUUGCAUGAUGUAUUGCCAUCUCAGUCUAUAGAUCAGCAUCAUUAUAUUGGCACAAAGCUUCUUUCCCUGGUUUAUAAAAGCAUCGCUCCUGGACACGAACGACAGUGCCUCCCUUCACUUGACCCCAGCUGUAAGCGAUUGGCCAGUGGACUUCUGGAGUUGGCCUUUGCUUUUGGAGGAUUGUGUGAGUGCCUGGUGAGGCUUCUCCUGGACACAGCAGAGCUGUCCAUGCCGGCCUCAGGAGGGUCCCAGAGGAACAUCGUCAGCUUCUACCACGGAGAGUAUUUCUACAGCUUGUUCUCAGACACCGUCAACACUGAAUUGUUGAAAAAUCUAGAUCUUGCCGUACUGGAGUGUACCAACAGCAGAAUAAUACCAAGCACCCGAGGAAGGGGAUUCUAA